UCAAGUGAAUUAGAAUUUUGCUUUCAUCGCUUUCGCUCCUCCGUCCUCCGGAUGUCGUAGGCGUGCUAAUACCGUAGUAGAAGUAUUUUUGCAAGAAGAUGACAAUCACAAUGGGUACCCGACGAGGACUUCUGGCAUGAACCGAGAACGGUAGGCGCUACAAAUGGUCACUCAGCCCCAAAAAAAUGGGACUUGAUACGGCUGUAGCGGCACCUCUCGAGCAGGAGUCAGCAAAGGCGAGCUCCGCAUUGCGCUUGUGCCUCCUCAACAGCGAGAGCCCACCUAGUUUUGUGGAUGAGGCAUUGACGCUAUGGGAUCAACACUGGCCGCGACAAGCGCACCUGAGCGCGUCACGGCGCGAGUCCAUACUAAGUUCAAAGCCGGGAGGCUCUCUGCCAUGGCAUUUCGGGCUUUUUGCGGACGAGAGUGAAGACUCGGCAUUGCGAAAUGGAGGGAGCCGGAGGCAAGAGGAAGGCACGACGCAACAUAUUGCCGGAGAAGGAAAUAAUGAGAACGCUUCGAGGUUCCAGGUGGAUCCAGCUUCGCGGCCUGUUCAUCGUGUAGUUGUUGUUGAUCACCAGCAUGCCACGCCUGCACCAUCAGUUUUUACCAGCUGCAGAUUGAUUGGCCACGCGAAAGUGAGUCCGAGCAUUGUUGCAGGCGAAGACGCGCCCUGCGGUACGCUCUAUUCGCUGGUAGUCGCAUCGAAUCUGCGAGGAGGCGGCAUAGGGAAAGCGUUCCUGGAUGCAAUCAUUGAAUACCUUCUGCAAAAGCAACCAAAGAUGCCCUAUUUGUACCUAGACUGCAAGCCGCAUCUGCAACGUUUUUACGAAAGUGUGGGCUUUCGAUUGUGUCCUCAAGGGAGCACUGGAACCGCUUUGAAGCAAGUGGGGAAGUUGAUCAAUCAGAAACAAGUAUCGAAACUGGAAGCGAUGUUGAUGGCCAGGGCAGGUGCCGGUGGCGGGGAACAAGAUGAGCCACCUCAACAUCAAGUCUUCGAAAUAGGGAAGAAACCGAAUCAGCUCUAUUUUCGUCGAAGACUCCUCAGCGAAUGGCCUAUUGUGGAAAGCUUUUUUUUCAAUUCCAAAGGUCAGGACAAUGAAGAGAAGCUGCACCACGAUAGUAAUAGUAAUGAGUGCGUCGAGUCGUGGGUAUUCUGCUUGAAAAAUUUCCCUCACCAACGUCAGAUCGGACCGAGCUGUGGUAUGGUCGCGUUGAACAUGGCAGCACAUUACUUAUUGAAUUUGAACGAGUCGACACGGAGUUCAUCCUGUACUUGUAGUGUCCAACGGUUUCUGGACACAGCCCGACAUGAAAAGGUCUCAACAGACGGGGAGCUCUUCUCUGCCACCAGCCUCUGUUCAGUGGCCAACGAAGUUUUUGCAACGAAUGAAGCAGGAAAUGAUAACGUUAAUGGAACACUACGGAACAAACUCGAGGCGCGCGUCACAGAAGAUUGGAAUCGUACUCUUCAGAACUUCCUUGUUCCAAAGGGGAAACGAAAUCGAAACGGCGUCGAGGGUGUCGAAGAGGAAGGUGAAAGUGAAUGUGCUGAAACAGUUUUCCUCGUGCCCUACAACAAACAUUCCGCUACGCACGAACCAAUUAUUGUGUCAGAAGAAGGAGCAGCGAUUGCGAGCACUCAGGAGCAUGCACACUGGGCAGUUAUCGUUGGCGCUUACUGGAGUGAACUACAACUAGCUGAUCAACAGGAACAGAUGAAAACCGACGGAGAACACAAAAUCGAAACCGAAGUUGCGCAUCUCCUGCAUGUGGUCCUUGCCCACGGACUAUCGCGGAAGCUAAUUUACUGCAGUUUUGAUACGCUGGCGGCAUCCAACGCGAACCUUCAUCAAUCCGAUGACCUUCGGGGAAAGCUUGUUGUGAUUUCAAAAAUGGCGUGAGGGAGAGGGACUUCGGUUGUAGGUUGCAGCUAGGCUUAUUUCCUUAGUGGUCUCUACAUAACGUACAUAACGGGCGCUUUUCUGCGAGGUACUAGCGGGUUGUUGAUAUGAUCGAACAUACAUGUAGUCACAACGGGCUACGCCUACCUCGUUCCAGCUGUGUUUGCUCUCGUUGUAGAAGUACAACCAGAGAAGGGGGGCUCCUGAUCCAAGAUACAAUAGCUCGAUGUGCAGCUAUUUCAAAAGCAUCAAGUUAACUUUGAGAACACAUGAAGAUAAACAUCUCCAUCACUUGACGGACCUAGUGGUAAAGGUUCAACGAAAGAAAGAGGACAAUGAUUCGAUAUGACAACCACCUCACUGACUUUGUGACAUAUAGUUUUUGCGUGACACCCUUUAGCACGCCCGUACCCGUUGCCUUUUCUAUUGUUUCGUGCAUUUAAUGCAUCAAGAGGAUGGCAAAGCUCAGGUCGUGAGCCAGGAAUACGGCGAGUAGAAAAAGGUUGAGGAAGACGAAAAAAAGACGCAGCACCAUAGC